AUGCAGAUUUUUGUUUAACAUGCAAAGAAGGGUUUUAUUUGCUUAAAAAAAUGUAAUCAAUAUUGUCUUAAAUGCACUGAAGAUAAGUGCUUAACUUGCAAAUAAGAUUAUUUUUUGACACAAGGCCAAAAAUGUGUUAAGUGUGAUUAAGAAAGGUAAUUCUAAGAAAAUGGUCAAUGCAAAGAAUGUGAUCCUUCAUGCUUAAAAUGUAAUGGAACUGGAAAAACUAAUUGCACAUAAUGCAAAUUAUCUUUAUUUUUAUCUCAAAAGUAUUUAUUAUAAAUAUUUAUUAAUGAAUUCUAUUUGUAAUUAUUUUAAUAAUCUUAAUAUAAGCAAUGA